GAGCUAACAAUCGCCCCAACUCAGCUCAAGGAUUCCUCGGGCGCAGGCAGGGCGACAUUGGGAGCUCAAAGUGCACCUUGGGCGCAAAUUUGAUGCACUUGCGAGGGCGUCGAGCUGCAACUAUUAUCACUGCCCAAACUCUAAUCACUCGGGCGUGCUUCAACGCCCAACUUGCCACGAGGCUACGAUGGCAUCCAGAAGUAUGUCGCCUGGUGGAGCUCUGCUACGAGCUUCAAGGGUCUUCUCAAUACCACCUCCGCUACCACGGCCAGUAGGGGACCUCUCCUCACAAGCCAUCUUCAACUCCGAUUCCGCAACGCUCCCACAUCCUAUCCACCAGACAAUUACUACGCCCCAAUCCUCACGGGCAAAAGGCGACUGGGGAUUCAAACGACCCCUACCUUUACGAGCGACUUCGAAGACCUCCACACCCUUCAUACGGGUCGAGGCAAUCGAUACGUUCGAACACGUCACCGAAUUCAAUUCCUCGGCAGACCAUGCAUUGUCGUUGCAGAAAUGGCAGGAGAUGGGCGUACCUCUCACUAUACCAGUCGCCCGCGAGACUAAAAGCGAUUACCGCUCUGACUCACGGAGAAGUGUGUUCGAUAGCGAGCUAGACUCCACAAGCGCCGACCAGUCGAGCAAGGAGGAAAAUAGAUGGAAGUUCAAGGGGCCAUGGUUGGCUGGACAGACAGAGGGGGAAUUCAACACAUACGUCGUCACUGAAGUUCGAAAUCGAAAGCCGGAAUUCCAAAACUUCAUACGGUCUUCGUGUGCAAAAGCUCUCACACAAGAAGCUAAACGAAUUGCAACUGCGGCAGGCGAGUCUGAAGAGAUGCCCCCAGCACUCGAAGCCAGCGAUGUCACGGAGGAGCAAUUGACCGAAUUUGUCAAGACUCUGCGUACUGAACGCAUCGCUCUCUAUAAGCUCAUCAGGUCUUUCCUCGACUUGCCACCAGCCCCUCACACGGAGCUGUCUGUUCGCGUACUCGACUGGAUCAACGAAAAUCUUCAGCCCCAAACAGCCAGGGGCACCGAUUUAGUGGAGUCUCAAUCACCGUACGCUGUGGCAGGACCACCAAAAACACACCCCUCUGCCGGUUUGACAUACAUCAGAACAUCUCAGUACAUCUACAACCAUCCUGUCUUCGGUCCUCAGAAGGAAAAAGCGCCAGUCAAGGCACGUGUUGUCAUGCCCAAAGGAGCUUCAACGGGUAGUUUCGCGGCAGCGGCAGGAGUGGGUGGUUUCGUCACUGAAAUUCCUAACACGGGAUUCAAAGAUGAUUUCGUUAUGAGGAAGAAAAGAAAGGCUAUUAUUCCUGGGGUUCAGCAUAUCGAGCCUGAUAAAGUGGGAGGCAGCAAAUUCUAUGUCAAUCCCACCCACGCGAAAAUCGAUCCGAAGGGUCGCGUGUUAUUGAAUGUGCAAUUCGCGGAUGAAGAUGCUGUGGCCGUCCUGGAAGGUACGACGCAUCAGAUCCCUCGGGCGCCCUCUGUUGCAACGGGUAAGGGUGCCGGAUUUAGACCCGCGAGGAGAGAGGAAUCGAGGGGAUAUGGGUUGGAUUAUGGGUUGAGUGAUAGAGGGGAAGGCCCGCCGCCGCCGAAGCCGAAUUCCCGGACAGUGUCACCGAGUCAGGAAGAUGCGACAAGGGCUUUCAGGGAUAUGUUCAAUGAGCAAUGAUAGAGGGGAGAUUUGUACAGUAGGCAUUGCAUAGCCGGUGGAUGUUGUUAUAUAUAAACGACAAUGUAAUCACCAGACUCUCCGAAGCCCUUUGGGUCUACCCGUGGCAUUUUGCAAAUAACACUCCCAAU